AUGGGCCUGCCAAUAUUUAGAACGCGCGCCAAGGAGCGGAACUCUGUGUCAAUAUUUGAUUCCGUCAAAUCAAUUCUCUCAUCGUCGUCGUCGCGCAUCCAGGCAAGGCGGAAGUCAUCUCCAACUCCGCCAUGUGUCGUUUACCAUCCCAUAUUCCGCCUUCCUGCAGAGAUUCUAGCUCGCAUCUUCACCCUGGGCUCCCGAACCGACACCAUGUUACCCGUGGUGGUAUCGCAUGUGUGCUCAGCAUGGCGAUUAAUCGCGCUGCGCACACCUCGCAUGUGGAGAUGUAUCGACAUCGACUUUCGCGAAACGAUGUGGCGGGAAAGAAUGAGGAGAGCGAGAGCUUGUUCGCUCGACAUCACAUUGCGCCUAGUUCCUGCAACAGGAUCCAUGUUCAUGGAUUCCGACUCGGUCCAAUGGAGGAUGUACCUAGUUUUGCCUUAUAUCCAUCGGUGGCGGACUCUGGAGAUGUUUUUCGACCAUUAUUCCCCCUUUGUGUGGAAUGCUGCCUUAUCAGAGUGCUGCUCUGCUAGCGGGGUCCAGGCAAUGUCUUUGGAAGAGUUGAUGCUUGUGUAUCCCAUGAAUGACGAUACCAAAGAGUUUACUCUCUUUUCGGGCGUUGCUCCCCGUCUUCGUCGAGUAACGAUCGAUGGUAUUCGUUUGACAUGGCUUCCUUCGUUGUUUCAGAACCUUACAUCCCUGCACUACACACACCAUGGCUUCACGUCGGGGCCUCAAGCUGUUAGGGAAAUCACAUCCAUGUUACGGGUCUCGUACCGGCUGGUGGAGUUGUAUAUUCUCUUUCCUAAGAAAGCGCAUCGUUUCAUCCAGCCGACAUUGUAUAGUCCCUCCCAUGGCCGCCAGAUCUCUCUGCUCUCUCUGUCCUCUCUACAUCUGCGGGUUGAGGGCGGAGAUAUUCCGCUUGAACUCUCGUACUUGGCAGCUAAAUUUCACACGCCGAAUCUUAGAUAUCUCUAUCUAUGUGACACAAACUAUCGACAGAAACCUUAUGCUACCCUUCCUCUAUUUCGUCGGUUAUAUACUGUACCGACAAGUCUACAAGAGAUAUACUGUGACAAUGGUUGGCGCAACCCUAUAUAUUCAUAA